CUUGCACAGUACUAGUAUUACAACCUUUGUUAAUGUUCACUAAUGCCCCAUAACAUUAAUGCUGAUGAUUCUCAAGGUUACGUCAUCAGCCUGAUAUAUUUGGCAUCGACAGUUGCAAUUAAAACCGUCACAUGGGACAGUCACGUGUCCAGAAAUACAAUAAGAGCGCAGUUGCUAUGCAGAUGCAGAGCUCCCCGUGAGACGGCGGAUUCGGGAGCGGGGCACGAUCUUCUUCACAUCCUUUCUUUUGAAGAACUUACAGGAAGAGACGGAGAAGAUAAGAAUCCCGGUCUGACUGAGUGGGGUUGAGUGCGAUCAGCCUCUCUGAGGAUGACUCGCGCCAGGUUUAAGGAUGGGCUGGAACUACUAGCUACCCUUGUACUACUUACUGUAGGAAUCGGCGACACAACAGGCCAGUUACUCGUCAAACACCUUGACGGAGACGUGCUGACGGAUGGAGAAUACAACCGGGUGGAACUGCUGGUGAAGGCAGACCAAGGCACAAUCUCUGCCGGAAGUUAUGGCAUUGACUUCUACCUUUCGACAGACACGACUUUGGACCCGUUGAGCGACAGACUCUUGAUGAGUCAAGACCAGACACCUGAGAUCCAGAAUGGUUGGCUAGUGGACCUGAGUCAGCUGGACGUACCGGUAAAGUCUGGAGACUGGACACAGAGGGAGAGGGAUGGAAUCUGUGGACAGUCUGACCAUGCUCGACUUAUUGUCCACAUCCACAACAUCACUGCUGAUGUUGUCCUUGAUGUAGAACAUGCUCAACCAGCCAAGGUUAUCUGUGAAGGAGAUUAUGCUGCCCUGUCCAAGGCCAGUGUGUCCCUCGGCCCUAAUGAUUGGCUGUAUGUGGACACUGAUGUCGUCCUGACUGUUGAUGUCACAGUGCACAACUUCCACAUGGAGCCAUUUCCAGCUGAGCAGGACAACUUCCAGUUGGAAGUGUACAUCAAUGAGGAGAUGGACCCAACAGCCACACCUUUCAAGGUCUCCACUGCAGUACUGUGGUACCCUCCUGAGGCCUACCUUCCUCUACAACCAGGGAGCAGUAGGUCGUUGAAGGGGGUAAAGGUUAGAGUUCGUCUCCCAGCAAAUCAAGCCAAUAUGCAGGAAUACUUCAUGGUGAAGGUGGUGCCGCCAGCUGGGGUGUCAGAUGAUGUGGGAAAUGAUUUUGCUGUUGACAUGGACAACAGACUAGUUCACAGCACAACAGGAACUAGCGAAUACCAAGAUGCAGUGGUGACAGCCUUCAGUUUGGACCCUCCUGUGUUUCUCGCCAAUGAUGCUCAGGUUGUCAUCAGUGCAGAGGUAGACGUUACGGUCGGCUCCAGCGCACAGCAGGUCAACGUGGGAGAAGUCAAUCCAUCAUAUGCUGCAAAGUUGUACUGGUCCAUGAGUCAGGAAAUGGAAGCCAACACUAGGAUCGAAUCAGGCAUUGGCCUGGUGAUAAAUGGCUACCAUGUCCGGGGUGGAGAAGGGCCUGUAACACAUGACAUUGAGCGGACAGGGACCAUCUCUGUACCAGCUGACCCCAAGUACUGUGGGAGUGUGUACGCCAUCCUGGUCGCUGAUUCCCAGAAGGCACUGCAGGACCCAGACAGAGCUGACAACAUAGCAGUUGUUCCGGCGCUGAUUCAGUGUAGUCAGUCAGAUGUCUUUGCAGUGACAGGCCUGACUGUAUCUGGACCCUCUAAGUUAUGGGCUGGUGUCAAGACCACCCUGACUUUGGACUUUCGUGUAGCGUGUGCAAAACCUGCGUGUGACAUCUCAGCUAGUACACCUACAUUUCAACUUGAGAUUAGAGGAAAUGGAGCCCAGCAAGAUUCUUGGGCAGUCAUUGAUUCUAGUUGGAUGGGAGCUAUUUCACCUGGCCUCAUCUACCCAUUCAAAGAUGACAUUGAGAACAGUACAGUUACAGUGUCUGUGACUCUGCCUGUCACAGUAGCCCGUGGGACAUGUUCAGAUCUUAAUAAGCUAGAGGUUGUUGUGUCAACAGGCCCAGGCACUGGUGAGACGGAUGGGUACAGUGGCAACGAUGUGGCGGAGAUUUCAAUGGAAUAUCAGUGCAGUGAUAUAUUGGAUCUCCACGUGGACACAAUGUCAGUCCUUAGUCAGACUCUAACUCCAGGAAUGGCCACCCCAUUUUCUGCCAUCAUACAUACGACUGCCGAGGGCAGCAAUGCUCUCAGUGCCUCAGAUAUCCAACAUUACAAGUUCAAGUUCUUCUUGUCCCAAAACCAGAUGUUGGAUCCAUCUAAGGAUGUGGAGGUGCCCUACAUCAUGCCGAUCUGGAUGAGACCUCUUUUGGGACAGAUCGUUAAUGGGGACGAUGUUGCAAUUGUAUUUGAUACCUCUGGACUGUUCAUACCAAAGACUGGGUAUGGAGACUUUUGUGGAGAUGUGUAUGUGAGUAUUCUUCUGGACACCUAUGAGGAAGACCCAUCAGACAAUGUGAUUGGCCAGUAUGAGGAAGGAUCAGAAGGGAACAAUGCCUACACUACACUGGUGCACAUGGACUGUCCACCUCCACCAACAGAGGGUUCCUUCCUAAAUCCAAGGCUUCAUCUGUCUGGUCCUAUGUUUCACCAUGAAUACAAGCUCAUCCCAGCACCCUUCCCUGUCACAUUUGACAUCACCAUCUCUAACCAGGGCAUCACAACAACACAACUCGGAGUCUCCAACUUUGAACUCAGAGCCUACUUCUCAGAUGAUGGUGACCUUGACCCAGCAUGGGACACUGCCUUUGACAUUGACUUUGGACCAGAUGUGGUGAAGAAAGCGGCCAGGCUUGACCCAGGGGAGUCCAUGAGACUUAAUGGAUUGUCAUUGACUGUAAAUCCACAGUUAAGUCGACCAAGAUGUCUCCAGCUUGAAUCCCCUCACCUGUUCAUUGAGGUUCAGCCAGAAGACAGCACCCUCCCAGGGUACCUCACACACACUGUGUCCAUCCCACUCAAGAAGAUGUGUGAUGCAGUUGACAUCUCCAUAGAGGACUUCAAUCUGAAUGAUGGCCCUGAGAUCAGUGCAGGGACCCCAAAGGUGUUCAACCUGCGCACACGUGUGUCAGCUGCAGGGCAUGCCGUUCUGAACCGUUACAGCUACCAUUUCUACCUGUCUCAUGAUGAGAUGUUGGGCCAAGAUGAUAUAGAGAUUCCCCAUGAGCCAUCAAGCACAGAUUAUACACAACUGAACUUGGAAAUCUCGGGGCUCACCUACCACACACUCCAGCACAGCUUUGGUGGAGUUGAGGGGCCACUGACUAUAGAUCAGUACUAUCCAUAUGUUGGACACUACUGUGGUUGGACCUACCUUGGGGUAGAGGUCAGAGUUCAAGAGGCCAGUGUUGAUGACCUCCGGCCUUAUAACAACAUUCAGUUGAAGAGGAUCUUUCUCCAUUGUGAUGGAGAUGGACUGGGCCUUAGUGAUGUAACCUUUGACCCUGCACCUGCGAGGUACUAUGCUGAGAAUGUGGAGGUCAAGGCUAAGCUGACCUUUACAGUCACCAACCUGAUGGGGACCAGGGACAUUCCUGAAGUUCAAGGCAAUGAGGUCAACUUCCAUGUCAAGUUCUACCUGUCAGAUGACAUUGUGUUUGAUGGAGAGGAUGAGGAGCUAUCCCUUGAUGACUUUGGUCUGAAUGAUGAGCAUAGACAGAUGAUGAGAGCUGGGCUGGCUAGAGACAACUCUCUCUACUUCAGGGACAUCCCAGUAACAUUCACACCAACAGCAGAAAUGUGUCAGAAAACCCAUCUCCUGUUUGCUGUGCUGAGGGGAGCAGGAUUGCUGUCUUCAGCCCCAGUGACAGACAUCAGUGUCAGCCUCUUUACGCUGGACUCUGCUCCAGAUCCCAACACAGGCCAACCUGGCAGCUUCAGUCUGACUGUAGAUGUUGUUCUUGGUGACUUGGAGGCCAUCACAGAUAACCCAGUGUUUGGCAUAGAGUUCUACCUGUCUAAUGACAACACCCUGGACCCAUCAGACCUUCCCUUAAACUAUGAGAGAACAGCAGCACAGAUGGCAGAUCUGAGUGACAACAUCACUUCUGAUAGCACGGUUACCUUAGAUGGGGACAACUUGCUGGUUCCUCCAGAUGCCAGGUUCUGUGGAUCAGUGUACAUUUUGGUUCAAGUGGAUCCUCUGAAUACCAUAUCAGAAGCAGACAAACUUAACAAUGUCAUGGAUGCAAGUUUUACCUACAGCUGUGACAAUGAUUUGUUCAAAGUGAUAUCAUCAUCAUUUGCCACCAAUAAGAUGUACCAUGUGGGUAUUCCAUCACCUGUCACUAUUGACCUCAUGUUGAAGUAUGUCCACUCAUCACCCCUUAAUGCAGGAUCUGCAAAUGAAUUAAACUUUGACUUUAAGCUUUAUGUGCAAAGGGGAUCAAGGUUCAACCGCCACAUGGCCAUCCCUGUUGUCACAUCCUUUGAGUUCACCACGGCAAGUGACGGUGAUCAAAGAUUUCAACAACUUUCCCAGGACGAUGAGGUGACAUUCAGUAGGGUCUCAGGCUUGGUGGAGAUUCCCAAUUUAGCAUGUGAAGCCAAUGUGGACCACUUGUUCGUGUCUGUAGAAUCUGAUGUAGAUGGAGAAGAACAUGUGGAGGAGAACAAUGUGGCAGGGACUAGGAUCUCCAUUGACACAGACUGCUCAGACCCUGACUCUGUGGACCUCGUAACAACCAGUUUCACUCUGGACCCUGAUCCUGUAAUCGAGUUAGGGCGUCCAAAGGGAUUUGCUAUGAGCUUGGACAUUAUGGUGACAGGUUCAGCAGGAUGGCUACAAGGGCAGAUGCCAGACAGACUGUCUUAUCAGCUUUACAUCAGGAAGAAAACUGCAGAUCCUGCUGAGGCACUAUCACAAUGGAAGAGGAUUUCCUACAACAGACAGAAGUUUCCUCUUCUUCAAGAGGACACUACAGAAACAAGGAAUGACCUGGACUUUGGUGAUACUGAUGGAUUUGUACUUCCUAUCUACGACUACCUGCCAUAUUGUGGGUCUGAUAGCGUCAUCAAAGUUGUGAUGGAUGACUCCCAGGAUCUGGAUGAGGCGAAUGAAGGAAAUAAUGAGCAAGAGGUUGACGUCAAUGUCCAGUCCAGCAUGUGUACUUCUGAUAUCAAAGAGUUGAGCAUCGUCACCUUUGAGCUUGCUGAUGAUGCAGACACCAUCAACAUAGGAGAUAUAGUACAGUACAACCUGAAUGUCGCAAUCAUGCUGGGAGAUGCAGCCUCCCUUUCUCCUGGCACUCCACAUUUUGGAUUUAGAUUGAUCAUGUCUCCAGAAAUGAGCACCAGCCACAGUGAUGCUGAGGAGCUUGACCCACCUGUAAGUUACACACCUCAACAAGACGGUGCCCGUCAAGAUGCAUACAGCGCAGGGUACCAUGAGAGGCGGUGCUAG